AUGGACGAGGGGGUCACAUACGCCGACCUGCGCUUGCCCCCCACCCCAGCUCCUCAGCAGACGGUGCGGCUGCCCUGGUGCUGGGCUGCCCUCAGCCUGGCUGUCCUCUCCCUGGUGCUCCUGCUGGUACAAAUCAUCCUCAUCAGCUUGAGCUUCCACUAUUUAGGACAAAAGGCGAGCUGCACCCAUGGUGCGUGGAGCAUGGAGGAGAGCCCCAGCUAUGGGCAACAGACACAAGGAGGGCAGUGCCAGUUCUGCCCGGCCGGCUGGCUCUGGGAUGCGGGGCAGUGCUACUACUUCUCCUUCACCAAGAAGAGCUGGGAGCAGAGCAGAGAGGACUGCUGCUCCAGAGGGGCACAGCUGGUCACCAUCCGAGCCAACACCACCCUGGCUUUCCUGAUACGCACAGCCAACACGGAGGUCUUCCAUGUGGGGCUGAAGCGGGAUGGCUCCAGAUAUGACUGGAAGUGGCUGGAUGGCACUGCACUGAAGGGGCUCUUCCCAAUCAUUCGCUCCACCAACUCGUUCCUGGCCUGUGGCCGGGUGUCAGGGCUGGGGCUGUCGGGUGGUCUGUGCGGGGAAGCCCUCGGCUGGGUCUGUGAGCAGCGUGCAUCCACCCUGCAGUGGCUCCGGUCCUCACCACCCGCUCUCCUCUGGGGAAACACCACUUACACCUGCGUGGGGCGCUGA